AUUUAUACUAAUUAAGUUUAACAAAUUAGAAAUUGCCAAAAUAAUUCAUACUAAAUUUAGGCGAUUCAGUGUACAACUUCACCCCCAAGUAAUUUAUAACCGCUCUAUAUACUAUAUAUAGGAGCAUAGGUCGCUGUUGACAUAUUUUUGAAUUUAAUUUUUCACCAACAAAUAAGAAUUUUCUUACAAAUCCAUCAUAAGCACCAACAAAUUAUAUUAAUUCUUGAUCUCUUUCACAUCUGCAUCUACCAUUUCCAUUAUAAUAAUGGCGGAUUACACACCACCAGGCUCUCCUGAGUACUCGCCCCAAGCACCCACAUACGUAACUGGCUACUAUCAUGGAUCACCGGAAUAUACCCCAGCAUCACCGGAAUACUCACCCGUAUCACCCGAUUAUAUCCCAGCAUCCCCAGAAUAUUCCGUUGCAUCCCCUGAUUAUACUCCCGAGUCGUCACCCGAUUACUCGCCUGCGUCACUUGAAUACACACCAGCAUCCCCUGAUUAUUCCUCGACUGCAUCAUCAAAGUAUAACCCAGCAUCACCGGAAUACUCGCCUGCGUCUCCUGAUUAUACACCUGCAUCCCCCGAAUACUCGCCCGCAUCACCGGAGUAUACUCCAGACUCACCAGAUUAUAGCCCACCAUCCCCCGAAUACUCCCCUGUGUCACCUGAUUAUACACCAGCAUCCCCCGAUUACUCGCCCGCAUCAUCUGAUCAGCAUACCCCAACAUCUCACCUAUAUUCGCCCGGGUCACCUGAAUUUGAAUGUACCCCUGAGUGGCUGGAAUACUCACCAGAAUCACCUUUGUUUUGGAGUUGUUUCUCGUCUACUGCUUCGUCCUAGACAGGUUUUUUGUUUGAUUCCAUUUUAGUUCGAUGCUCUUAUUAUAAACCAAGAAUGAAAAAUGUUAUUUUAUUUUAUUUUAUUUUAUUUCAUAGGAGUAUUCUUUAUUAUUUGUAUUAUUUAGCAUAUGAUUCUGUAAUAUCAUCAAGUAAAGUUUUUGUUUGUCCUUUUUUGAGACUACGAUGGUUUUUCGUAGAA